AUGACAGCUCCAAGAAUUUUUAGGUCCACUCUGUCCCCAAUACAUCAGACCUCAUCCCUCACCAAUUGGUUGCCCUCAUUGUGGGCCACGCUGAAGUUGAUAAGCUCCAAGAGUUUUUUCACGAGUGGUAAGUCCGAGCCUUUUCCACAUCCUUCUGCAAGGCAUCCACCUAAACCUCAACCAAAAACUGGAGGUGCUAUGAGUAUUAUUAUGCCCAUAUACACCAUCGGUAUAGUGGUCUUCUUUUUAUACACUGUUUUAAAACUCGUUUUCAAGAAACAGUCACCAGAUGAUAAAAAACCAUUGGUUAAAGAUUUCCAUAUGGAUCCGGAAUAUCAUAAAUAUGUACUUAGAGAUGAUUAUACCGAUAAGAAAGACAAGAAGAAAGAAACUGUAAAUAUUCAAAACUCGGAGAGUACAGAUAAAACCAUUGACGAGAAAGAUGUUUCAAAAAUGAGUGAGAAGGAUUACGAAAUCUACCAAUUGCGUAAACGAUUACAAGAAAUGGAAGCAACGAUGGAACGCAUUGUUAGCCACAUGGGUCAAGUGAGUGACUGCAUCGCCUCGAACAUAAGUGCAAAUAUUCAAGCUGCAAAUCUCGCUAAAUCCAACAUUGCUGCUGCCAAUUCUACACUAGAAAAUGGAAAAAAUGAAAAUAUAAAGAAAGAAAGAGAAAUCACUCCAAUUAAUAUAAAUGAUAUAACAGAAUGCAGAGAACGGAUACAGAAUUUAAAAACUUCCGAUCUUAGUCCAAGCAUAGACAGUUACGAAAUUUUAGGAAAUUCGCUUCCGCCAACACCCUUAGAGGAAAUAGGACCCGUUAGGUUCGUCUCUUCGGAUACAAGAUCCUUUCAAAAUCUCGAAACCAGUAGAAAUUCCCUUCAUCCGGAAACAAAUGACGUAGCUUCUUUCGAUAGGGAAUCUAGUGUUGCGAGUGAAGCUUCUAGUUUCGAACUGUUAUGCCACAGCAGAGACACCCGUAGUGCUAGCCCAGAAGAGAACGGGCAGAAAGAUGAAGAAUUCAUCAAGAUGGGAAAGGCAGAUAGCGUGGGAAGUAUCGACAACAUCAGCCUCGAUCAGUUUCCCGCGGAUGGUCCGCUUUCCGACCACCAGGAGGAUAACCUUGAUUCACAAGCAUCGAAUACAUCUUUUUCCAGAAAUAAAUAAUUAAAAUAGAAUGACACAUAUUUUUAGCAAGCUUUCAAAUAGUACAAAUAGUAUUUAAAUAUUAAAAUCUAUAACUUUAGAAUUAAGAAAGUUAAAUGUUCUUUGUUAAAGAAUAAUGCAGUCAACUCUCAAAAACUUGAAGAGCUUUCAUUUUAUUGAAUCGGUAUGCAUUCCAAAUUUUGUUCGGUCCAUUGUGUUUUUUUAAUGGUGUAUUAGUUAUUACGAAUAAUAAAUCAACUAACAAAUUCACCGGAUAGUUUAGCAGUUACAAAUAUGAAGAAUAGAUUUUGAAAAUUUGACCAGUUUCCUUAAAUACUAUCAUCAUUAGCAGAAGAUGAAAUUGCAGAUUUUUGAGAAUUGACUGUAAAUUUAAGAUGCAAAUCUGUGAUUUGUAUCAGGUUGUGAAGAUAAAAUAUGUAAUUUUUAUCUUAUAAUACAUUAUACAAUUAAAAAACAAAACUUUAAACUUAAACACGAUAAGCAGAUAUGCAUGGAACUUUGCAUCUAUUCCAAGCAUUUACGGAACAUAUAAAUAUAAAUACGAUAUUUCGCUCAGAACAAAAUUGCAGAUCUGUGCCAAAAUUCUUCUACUUAUAAAACUAAUUACUUUUAACAAAUAUUUAUAAAAAAAAAUAUAUAUAUAUAUAUUUGACUUCUACACCAUAUCAAUCUCUAACUCAAGGUUUCCAUUUCUAUAUAGUGUAUACUACCUAACUAGAAAGUAGCAUAAUACAAAAACAAUAUACUUUUUUGGAGAAAUUUACAAAAAUGCAUGUGUUGUAUACACAUUUUAGGAUGUGAUGUCAGUCGGAUGGUUCGAGAAACCUCAGAAUGUGCAAUUGUACAAA